UUGAGGAAGCCGUGUAAGAUAAGGAGAUAUAGAUAGAGAGAGAGAGAGAUAGAGAGAGGAAUUGAAAUAUUCUCUCUAGCUAGCUUUCAUUUUCUCUUUGGCUUUUCCUUUCAAGUUUCAAGUAGCUAGAGUGAAGAAGAUGGUUUGCAAUAUGAGCCUGAUUAAGAUUCUUAAAACCAAUUUUCUUUGUUUUCAGUGAAAGGAAAGGAUUGCGUAUACUCUGAUUUCUCGGAUUAGAUUUGCAGUUCAGCUUUUUGGUUUUUUCUUUAUUUUGGUAGUGUACUUUGUAGCUCCAGUGAAAUUGUUCUUCUGGUUUAGCUAGUUUAGGAUACAAAAAGUUUCUUAGAAUUCAGCUCCAAAUGAUGUCUGAAGAUGGGAUUCCUGUUCCCUCCACUGUCGGAGGGUUUGUUCAAGAACUGAACUCAAACCCUAACCCUAAUCCAAAUUCAAUUCCAUUGAAGAGAAAGAGAAGCUUACCAGGAACACCAGAUCCAGAUGCAGAGGUCAUAGCUUUGUCACCAAAAUCCUUAAUGGCAACAAACCGAUUCUUAUGUGAAAUUUGCAACAAGGGUUUCCAGAGGGACCAGAACUUGCAGCUUCACCGACGCGGCCACAAUCUUCCAUGGAAGCUAAAGCAAAGAACAAACAAAGAAGUUCGCAAAAAGGUGUAUGUUUGUCCAGAGAAGAGCUGCGUGCACCACGAUCCGUCAAGGGCGCUAGGAGAUCUCACUGGAAUAAAGAAGCACUUCAGCCGAAAGCACGGCGAGAAGAAAUGGAAGUGCGAGAAAUGUUCUAAGAAGUAUGCGGUGCAGUCAGAUUGGAAGGCCCAUAGCAAGAUUUGUGGGACUAGAGAGUACAAAUGUGACUGCGGCACACUUUUCUCCAGGAAGGAUAGCUUCAUAACUCAUAGAGCAUUCUGUGAUGCUUUGGCUGAAGAAAAUGCAAGGUUCACUUCAGUUUCAGCUGUCAAUCAAAACUUUAAACACGAUUUGAUUAAUGGAACAAUAUCGAAUCCUCAACUAGCUGGAAUCCCCCAAUUACCCUCAGCCUUUCAUCCAGAAUUUGCUGGCUCCGAAUCAGUGAGCAAUCUUAUAGCAGAUGGGCAAAAGCCAAAGCUACCACUGUGGCUAGACAAUGCUGCUCAGCUCAGACAAAUUGGAAUUACAAAUAAUUCUAAUGCCUACUUAGCAAGCUUGCCUGAAUUGGUUCCAAAUGCAUCUAUGAGUAAUAUGUUUGGAUCGACCUCUCAGAUGCAAUGGCUUAAUAAGUACCCAGAAGCAUCCUUUACAAGUGCCGAUCUCACUAUAUCAUCAUUGCCAAGGGUACUAAAGGAGGAACAAGAAAACAAAGGAAAUUUGUCGGAAAGUGGAGUUACUUUGUAUCCUAAUAAUAACCAGAAUCAGCAAACAGGACCAGGUCACAUGUCAGCCACUGCACUUUUACAAAAAGCAGCCCAAAUAGGAUCUACAAGGAGCAAUCCAUCAUUCAACGGCACAGCUUUUGGGUUGAUGAGUACAUCUCAUUCACAUGUGUCAAACAGUAGAAAUGAAGUUCAGAAAAUUUUCAGGCAACAAAAUCAAGCUGGGAACAUGAACGAAUUGUUAAAUUCUUUCCCUUCUUCAACUCCAAACACCACAGUUGGAGAUGGGUCAAUGUUGGUUAAUUCAAACUCAAGCUCAUUCUUGCAGAAUACCAAGAAUUUGGAGCAUUGGCUAAUGUCAAACAAUGGAAAGCAUGACCAACACGUUCCAGCUGGAAAGCACCAUGCCAGUUCAAAUGAAGUUGAGCGCAGUCUAACUAGAGAUUUUCUUGGUGUUGGUGGUGAUGCAAGCAGGCCCUUCUUGCAGCAAGAGCUAGCUAAGUUUGCUUCAAUGGGUUCAGCAAUGGACUUGAGCCACUACACUAGUGGGCAUCAUUGAACUCCAAUGAAGGUAAGCCCCUUGAUGUACUAUAUGAUUUCAUGACACUAGCUAGUUUAUGAUAGCACAUACACUGAGAAAUUAGAGUAGGUGAUCGAUCCUGAGUUGAAUAUCCGUGGAAGCAAGCGAGUCAACUUGGGAGAGAGUGAGAGAAAGAGAGAGAUAGUGAAGUCUUGUGAGUAGUCAGGGAAGAAGAAGAGGGCCACAAUGAAGAGACUGAACAAAAAAUAGGGAGAUGGCAAUCAGAGAUUCAGAGGGCAAGAGAGUAGUCGGGGCCCUCCAUGCAUGUAGUAGUACCACUUUUCUCUUUUAUCUUUUUCCCACAAACGUUUGAUAAAAACGUUGUGAGACGAAAUUGCUCGUGACUGUUUUCCUUUUCCUGUACGUCUAUGCCUGCCAGUUGCUAUUCCUUCCAACUGUGACGGCUGUGAACAUUUUUCCACUGUGGAUUUGAAUUUUAAAUAAAGGGUUACAGGUCACUUCUAGCUUUUUCACU